CCGCUGGGCCAUGCGCGGUCCCGCCCGGCGUUAGGAGCGGCCCGGAGCGCGGUUGGCUGGCUGGCAGGCAGCUCCCUCAGAUUUUCUUUGCCUGCACUGUAACAGUGAGAGAGAAACAGCUUCAAGAGGAUGAGUGAACUGGAACAGUUACGGCAAGAAGCGGAGCAACUGCGGAAUCAAAUCAGAGAUGCCAGAAAAGCAUGUAGUGAUACAACUCUUGCUCAGAUCACCACAAGUCUGGACUCAGUGGGUCGAAUCCAAAUGCGAACAAGACGUACACUGAGAGGUCACUUAGCUAAAAUUUAUGCUAUGCACUGGGGAUCUGAUUCAAGGCUACUAGUCAGCGCUUCCCAAGAUGGAAAAUUAAUUAUUUGGGAUAGUUAUACAACAAACAAGAUGCAUGCCAUUCCUUUGAGAUCUUCCUGGGUGAUGACCUGUGCAUAUGCUCCUUCUGGCAACUAUGUCGCUUGUGGUGGAUUGGACAACAUCUGUUCCAUAUAUAAUUUGAAAACCAGAGAGGGCAAUGUGAGAGUGAGCAGAGAGUUACCAGGGCAUACAGGAUACUUGUCCUGCUGUCGUUUUCUAGAUGACAACCAAAUUGUUACAAGUUCAGGGGACACCACCUGUGCUCUUUGGGACAUUGAAACUGGUCAACAGACCACCACCUUCACUGGGCAUACCGGAGAUGUGAUGAGUUUAUCCCUAAGUCCAGACAUGAGGACUUUUGUUUCUGGUGCCUGUGAUGCCUCCUCCAAGCUUUGGGAUAUUCGCGAUGGAAUGUGCAGGCAGUCUUUCACAGGGCAUGUGUCUGAUAUUAACGCAGUUUGUUUCUUCCCCAAUGGACAUGCAUUUGCGACUGGUUCUGAUGACGCCACUUGUCGACUCUUUGACCUGCGUGCAGAUCAGGAGUUAAUGAUGUACUCCCAUGACAAUAUCAUCUGUGGAAUCACUUCUGUAGCCUUCUCAAAAAGUGGUCGUCUCUUGCUAGCCGGCUAUGAUGACUUCAACUGCAAUGUGUGGGAUACUCUGAAGGGGGAAAGAGCAGGUGUCCUUGCUGGCCAUGACAACCGUGUCAGCUGUUUAGGUGUUACUGAUGAUGGCAUGGCUGUAGCUACAGGGUCUUGGGACAGUUUUCUCAGAAUCUGGAAUUAACUGGGAGACAAACAUGUACAUUCUCCAUUGAGAUCUGGAGAGAUCAAUGCUGCAGCCUAUAGCUGUGAAAUAACAUUUCUACCUUGUAUUUGCAGGUGAAGUUUUUCUAUUCACUGAUUAUUACACAAAAAGGCUUUCUGUAAACUAGAAAAAAAUCAAGUGAAGAAAUAGGGGUGGGGGUGGAGAAAUCACUGACUUUUAAAAAGGGGCCAGGCCAGCACACAUAAUCAUGGUGACUGAGAAACUAAGAGCCAGUCUUUUUUGUUUUUGGUGGUUUGGUUAGAUUGUCCUUGAGGGAUUUCUGCUUGUGCUCAAAGUCUGCUAAUUCUGUACUUUUUUUGUACAUAACAGAAUAUACACAUUAUAGCAGCCAAUCAUGUAACAUUUGUCUGUAUGUAAAGAAAUAUGUUUGCAUUUUUUAAGGAACUACAUUUAUAGCUUUGCAUUUAACCUGAGAUGUCACUUCUGAGUUCUGUAGUGGAUGAACUAGAUUGCUGUUUUAAACGCUUUUGUGAAUUUACUGUAGAUAAAGUG